GUCCGUAAAGCGGGCCAUUGGGCAGGCGAUUGGGAGUUCGGGGCAGCAAGAUGCUCCCUUGCUCAACUCAAAAACAUCGACAACCAUCAGCAUCGUGAGUGCCAAGUAAGUUUUUUUUAAAAUCUAAUUUGUUUUUUUUUGGUUGAUUUUAUUUACCUAUACCUAAUUCAUCAGGCUUAACCUUAGAGACGCAUGCACAGUGGAAUAAAGAAUUUGCAGAAAAUAUUUCACAUUGAAAAAGUUUUUAUUUGGUUUUGGCAAAAUCUUUAAAAUGUUGACUGAAACUUGUUGACCUUUUAAAGAGUUUUAUUCUCACUAACGUCUUGUAUUCUCCUUUGCAAGCUUUAGUUCUAUAAAAAAAAAUCUCAUGUAAGCUAUUCCCCGAAGGUGAUGGAGAUCUUCAACAGGUCAGAUUUUUAUGCUGUGCGUAUGUGUUUGAAGAGGAGAAAGAGAAAAGCAAAGCUUAUACAGUAAGAAUUUAUUAAAUAAAAAGAUUAUCUUGUUCGAAUUAAAGGAAAUAAUAGAAAUGAUAGUUCAGACAAAUGAAAUCAGUUUGAAUAAUUCGAAGAAGAAAAAUUUAUUAGGUAGUCUGAAUUUUUUUUUCUAAAAUCUCUUUGAAGUAUUAUAAGGAAAAUUCUUUCAGUGUAGUACAAAGAAAAUGUAAAAUACGUUCGUGCAUAGGAAUAUUUAAAUGUAUGGUGGUGAGGUCUUAAUAUGUUUGCCAUGCUUUCAAUUUGAUGAUUCAGAGCAAAAGGUGCAAUUGCGCAAUUUAAUUAACAUAUAUUAUUUCAAAUAUAAAGCAAUAUUUCUCCAUUGCGCAAUAAAAGUUAUUUCUUCAAGUAAAACCUGUAGCAUAUUUCAAUAAAUCAUUAAAAUUUUAUUAGGAAAAUUAAUUGUAAUUCAUAAUUUGGGAAUUAUCUGAAGAAAUUGCUUCUAAUCGUUCUAAAAAAUAUCAUUCUAAAAAUCAAUAAUUGAAUGGAAAUUAUUUGAUAGUUUGAGAAAUGAAUUUUUCUUAUUAUUUUUUGCAAAAAUGUUUCACAUUAUAUUUUCUUUAGAUAUUCAUGAAAAUCAUCAUGAAAAGUUUAUAAGCGUAUUUUUUUCUCUUUCUCCUCUUCCAAUAUACAUAAUACAUACAUAAUAUGGAAUUGCUUUAUACAUUUUUCAUGAAUUUGAUUAAAAUUUGAUUUCUAAAACAAAAAAGUCCUCUCUGUGCUUUUCAUUGGAAAAAAAACUGCAUGUGAAAAUUUUAUGUUUUAAAAAUAAACUGCUUUUGAUAUUAAUAAUUUUCUUGCAAGACACAGAAAUGAAAGAAAGAAAAAUCUAUGAAAAGUUGACAAUAUUUAUUUGCAAAAAGAAAAUUGGUAUUCUGUGUCUUUUGGAAGAUUGUUCUUGCUUUUACAAAAUUAAACCUUGUGGUGCUUUCUUGCUUCAUUUGUCGCGUUCUCUUUGCAUGACUUGGGAUCCCAAUGUUGCUUUACCUUAGCAAUUAGCUUUUAGUCACACGGAAAAUUUAUAUAUUUUAAUUUUUCUUUCAAUGUUCACAACACAAACAUUCACACUGAAAGUCCAAAAAUACACAAUUAUAUUGGAGUAUUUUAUUGUUAUUGUUGAUAUAACCAUGGUUACCAUAAGAAUCUUAUCGCAAAAAAUCGGAACAUGGAGAGUGUGAGUUCGAGAAGAAUCGUAAUUCACCACAAUUUCUCAAUAUUUAAUCAGGGGCUCGUACUUUUUUUUUUCCUUUUUAUCGCAUUGGUUUACUAGAGUUGUGUGUUUUGGUAUUUGUGGAGUUUAUAUCGAGCGCACCUCUUACGUUGGUUGGAUAGUGGAACAAAUUGAUGGAGAAUUGUCAACAUUAGGUGCGCUAGAGGUGCAAGAGGAUGGGAGAUUACAUAGAGAAAAUUGAAGCUCGUGAUAAAAUUUAUCUCAAUGUUGGCAUAAUAUUGCGGUCAUGAUAUAGAGCUAUGUAUAGAAAAUUAUACAUAGCGGGAAAAUACAAAGAAAAAAAUGCAUGAAUAAAGCGAUUUAGGGAACGAGGAGUUAUAAACGAUUAACAACCAUUGUUAACAUUAAUUGCAGUUGCAUAAAAUUACGAUUAAAGCUUAACUUUUUAAUUUUAAAAUCUUAAAAAAAUAAUCAUAAAAUAAAUUUAGGUCCUACUUUGCUUUUCGCCACUGUAUGCUUUUAAUAGAAUUUGAAAAAUCGAUAUGGCGGGAACUCAAGUGGCAAAAAAUGAUCUCUUUCGAUAAGAAAACUCACCGUGUUUGUAUAGCUGAUAAGCUUUUGGUGUGAAAUGGUGCCUUUUUUCAGUGUCGCCACCUCAUUUUGUCGUGGAAAUUCUUUGUCCCAUCCCACGAAGAAAAAAAUCUUUGUUUUGUUUUCUCUUGAGCUAAUCUCGUACUUUGAAAUUAUAUAUACGUCGUAAAAGCACGAUAAGUGAGAUUACUAUAAAAAAAAUUGUGGAUUUUUCUCAGUUUAAUCCGGUUUCAUUCCAUUGAUUUUUGAGAGGAAAAUUUAAAGAUAAAGUGAAGAGAGAAAAAUCAAAGUUCAGUUUGCGUGAGAAUUUCAUAUUUAAAUAUGAUUGAAUCUGGAGACCGAGACAAAAGUGGUCGACCAACGAACAACAGGAUGCCAUCCGCUCCGACUCACACUGCCGAAGAGGCACGUCUUCUGGGAGCUAUGCCAGUGGAUCCAAUGGAUGACAUUGAGCUACGUUCCGUCCAGUUGCAAUUCCCCCAUUCACGUGGCUCAAUAGCUGAGUCCUGCGACUUGAGGCGUGUACCGACAGACAAGGGAGACAUCCUCGUUGCCAUCCAGGGUGAUGUCACAAAGCCAGCGGUACUCACUUACCACGAUCUUGGACUCAACUAUUUGUCCAGCUUUGCGGGUUUCUUCAAUUACCCCACAAUGAGGGGACUCCUGGAGAAUUUCUGUGUCUACCACGUAACAGCUCCUGGGCAAGAGGAAGGUGCUCCGACACUUCCUGAGGACUACGUUUAUCCAACCAUGGAUGAAUUGGCGGCACAGUUGUUGUUCGUGCUGUCGCAUUUUGGUCUCAAGUCCGUGAUUGGAUUUGGUGUGGGUGCAGGUGGCAAUAUUCUGGCUCGCUUCGCAAUAGCCAAUCCGGAGAAGGUGGGAGCACUGUGUUUGAUAAAUUGCGUCUCAACGGCCGCUGGGUGGAUUGAAUGGGGCUACCAGACAUUCAAUGCGCGCUUCCUGCGCACCAAGGGUAUGACACAGGGUGUCGUGGACUACCUUAUGUGGCAUCACUUUGGCCGGAAUCUCGAGGAACGCAAUCAUGAUUUGGUGCAAAUGUACAAAAAUCACUUUGAACGCUCCAUCAAUCCAACGAAUCUUGGCAUGUGGAUUCAUGCGUACAUCCAUCGGACUGACCUCAAUAUUGCACGCACUCCAUCUGGUUCCCCACAAAAUAGCACAACGCUUAAAAUGCCGGUCAUCAACAUCACCGGGGCUCUCUCUCCCCAUGUGGACGACACCGUGACUCUCAAUGGACGGCUCGAUCCCACAAAUUCCAGUUGGAUGAAAAUUCAAGAUUGUGCAAUGGUGUUGGAGGAACAACCGGGAAAAUUGGCUGAAGCUUUCAGGCUUUUCCUUCAGGGCGAAGGCUAUGCAUCACCGCUCAUUGCAACACCGGCGCUCCGGUGGCUGCGCAGUCGUACCGGAAGUGGCGCCAGCAACAACAAUAAUCUCUUCAGUGACACCUUUGCCACCCACGCAUGUGGCAAUGGCAAUGCAACGGGCCCAGCAUCGGCUAACGGCAACACCAAGGAGAUCCGCAUUACGGAGAAUCCUUUUGUGUCCUGCUAGAGAUUCGUUCCGGCGUCCAAUAUGCGCAGCCGCAACUGGACGAAGCGCAAAUUUCGCAUUGUGCGCCUUCUCAUUGUACACUAAAUUUGCCAACUUAGAGGGCAAUGGUUUUGCUUUAAGUUUCUCAAUUUCACAAAAAGAAAAAAAAAACAAAUGGCACACACGCUCAAAUUUUCCGUUCAUGAAGAUCUUUGCCAAAGAAGAGAAAAUAUGAAAGAAUGGGAGUAAUAAGGAAAAGGAGUUUAUUUAUCGAUAUAGUAAAGAAAAUUACCGGGGCACAAAUAACUUUAUGAAGCAUGGAAAAUGAUUCAGAAAGUGCAAAACCAGUUGGAUCAGUUAGAAAGAACUGGCAAAGUUUGUUUAAAAAAUUCAUACCAAUUCAAGAAGCAUUCGCGCUGAUGUUUCAUCAAUGUUUUACAGGAAGGUUAUCCUGAAACAUUUUCACGUAGGUAUGUCAUAAUUGGGAUUGGGAAAUCUUUAAGAAUUUGUAAAAAAGAGAAAAAUUGGAAAACCUUUUAAAAAAAUGUUUCAAAAUUACUUUGUUAAAGCUCAUCUAUGAAACAUCAGAGCGCAUGUUUCACAAGUUUUAUAAAUAAAAAAAAAGAACACUAAUAGUGACGUAAUUGAGUUUAUAUGGAGCAACAUCUUAGGAUCAAAGAAGAUUAUUUUUUACUUAAUUUUUUUUAUAAAUUAAAGAUUAUUUUUUAGUAAAUAAAUUAAUUUAAGAUACAAUUUUUAUUGUUGCAGUAAACUAAAAGAAAAUGUGAAACACAAGAAAAGUUUUAUUCUAUUUUUAUAUUUUCAAUUAUUAAUUUAAAAUUGAUUUAAUAAGUCUCAUAGAAUAAAACAAUAAUUUAAAAUUUAUUUAAAACUUCAAACAUAUUUUUGUCAGACAUGUCAGCUCUUUGGCUUAAUCUUCUGAACGGAAAUCCUUUUUCUUAAUAAACAAUAUUUAAAUAAAUAAAAAAAACUUCUGCAACAAACCUUUUUUUCACACUUUGAGCAAUCUGAGCCUAAAAUAAUUUUAGAAAGAAGAAAAAGUUUGAAAAAAUCUAAAAAACAUAUCAGAAAAAAUUAUACAGAAACGUUCAAGGUGAGCACGCAUUGGAGUUCCUAGUGCAAAAUAUUUUUAAAAUAAAAAAAAACGUUCCUUAUGAAUAUUAAGGAAUGAAGAAAAUGCAAAUUAAUGAAGCUGAAGACUCUGAGUUCAUAUCAUUCUUAUUAAAUAGGGUGUGUCAUCGUAAUUUUUUUUGGAUCAUUUUGCAAACAGAGGCGAAGAUGCUGAGACAAAUAUCAAAUUUAAACACAAUUUAUAUAGUGUGACUUAGGUAGACAAUAUAACUGGUGUGGGGUGCCCCAUGGGGGGUUGAAAAUCACCCCCUCAAACAGGGAGGAGAAUGAACAGAGCCAGAUUUGAAAAUAUUUUUGCAAUGCAAAUAAAAUGCGAAUUGUAGAGUGAGAAAUAAAAAUAUUCUAAUGCGGCAUUCAAUGUCAACGUAGUGGUCGAUUAAUUCAACGAUUUAUAUAAUGGCAAAGGGUUCAGCCUGGAUAGAGGUGCAAUAUACAUAACAUAUUAUGGAAAAAAUGCUUCUUUGAGAAAAAAAAACUAAAUGUAGUUCAGCACUGUGCAAAAAAAAGAAGAAUUUUGGAGGUAAAUGGAAAAUUCUACUGCCAGAAUGAUCAUAUUGAACAUGAGUUUGUAUUGCAAAAAUCUUAAAUUUCCCCAAAGAAAAAAAAACUUACUAAAUAUCAUAAGAAUUGUUACACAACACACCAAAAUCCUCGUUUUUCUUUCACAUAAAAAAAGUAAGAAGAAAAAGAAAGGAAAUUAAUAUAAUAAACAAUAAAAUAUUUAGAACGAAAGCAUUGCAAGUGAAAAAAAAGAUAAAUAAAACAUCAAAAAAUCUUAAAUUAAUAAAAAAAAGAACAAUGAAAAUCAUAGUAUUGAAAUGAAGAUCCCGUAGAGCUUUACAUGUUCAGAUAAAUCUAUACAAUAUGAAAAAAAAUUAAUCCUAAGACGUGAUGGAGAUGAAAGAAAUAAGAUAAAAUAAAAUAUAUUAAAAUAAUUAUUAUAAAGAAAAAAUAGAAAAUAUGUAAAUGGCCUCAUGCAUCAUUGAAGCGUUUUAAUGGCAGGACGUAGCGUAUUUACUAGAGAAAAAAAAUCAGAGAUGUAUAAUUAAAUGGUAGAUAAAGAGUAAUCUUGCUAUAGAUAAAUUGAUAAAUAAUUAAAAAAUAAAUUCGUUUUUGCAGCUAAAUGGAAAAUAUUACCUAUUAAUGAAAUCUCUUAGCAUUAUUUAGCAUAAAAAAAUAGCAUUGAGUAGCUUUACGAAUUCAGUAUUCUCCCACAAUUUUAGUCCCUUUUCCUUUUGUUUUUAUUCUUUAAAAGAAAAAAAAUGGAUAAAUCCACAGAUUUUGCACGAUAAUGCAAACCAAUUUUACAACAACAAAAAAAAUGUGAUAAACAGGAGAUGUUGAUUUUUUGAAAAAAGCCAAGAUUUUCUUCACUUUGUGCCUCAUUUCCAUACACAUUGAAUGAAAAAUAAGAAGCUGAGAUUGAUUUUCACUUAAACCUGAAAAAAGGCAAUGGUAAAGACACUCACGAUUUUUGAGAUCAAUUUGUAUAAUUUUAUUUUUGUAAAAGUGAGAUAAAAAAUAUGUAAAACAAUGGACAUCACUGCGCAAUGCAAGCUGCUAAAUAACAACAAAACUUAAAUAUUUUAUGCGAUGAAGAGACAUAAAGAAAAACAUUGUUAAUCAGAAAUUCUUCAGUGGUGUUUUGAUUUUUCCUUCUUCUAACUUAUCCCAAGGAAUUUUGAAAAUGGAUUUUUUCACAACAUUGAAGAGCUACAAAAGAAGGUAAGUUAAAUGAUUUAUUUCGUAAUUAACGAUCAGACACAAAAUUUAAGAAUAUUGCUUUUUAUUUUUAUCAUUUUUUUCUCAUUCUGCGGGGACCUUUGGAGGUCGGAUUUGGGCCACGCUCCCCUAUAUUGCUCUCUGAUCACUUAGAAAGCUCAUUAUUUUAGUUGAGUAUCCCAUCACCAGAGGAAACUUUGGCGCUAUAUGUUUAAAAAGCCACUCAAACAUCCCAUUAAAACAUCACACAGAGUUUUUUUCAAAUUGCAAAAAAAUUAACGACAAUUUCAUCUUACAAUGAGAUAUUAAAUAUUUGUUAAGAUAUUUUCUUAAAAAAUUAAUUCUUAAUGAAAUAAUCAUUUUCAAGGUUUUCCAAUUUUUGAUUCAGUUGAUUUUAAAACGGGUUUAAAGCAAUAAAAUUUCGAUUUCCCAAAUUAAUUAUUAGUUUUCAUUAUAAAUUGGAUAUUAGUUCAGAAAUAACGAUGAUUUUUUUCUUUUGCUAAAGAAGCUAGGCUAUGUUUGAAUGUUACAAAAAAUCAAACGUUAGAAAAACACAGUAAACGUUAAAAAGAGGAAUAUUAGGCAGCAAAGAAAAGGAUAAAUGGUUGAAAAGAAACUUUAAAUGUUAGAACUAUUAUCAAAUAUAAGGAACGAAAUGUCAAACGUUAGAAAAAGAUUGUCAAACGGUAGAAAAGAAAACUAAAAUAAUAUAGAAAACAUGAAAUAUUAGAAAAGAACGUCAAACAGUUGAAAACAACGUUGAUUCUAUUAGAGACUGUUUUAAUAUUUAACAUUUCUUUUCUAACAUUUGACGAUUUUUUUUUAAUUUGUGGGCGUUUGACGUUCUUUCUUGAACGUUAACUGUCAAAGAAAUGUCAAACGUUAGAAUGAAGUUAUGAGUUAAACAUGAUUUUUUGAGCAUUAAAAAUUUCUUUUCUUUACAACUUCUCGUAAAGGAAAUGAAAUCUACUCAUAAGGCUACUUUCAGGCACAAAAUACAUCGAAAAUUUUUACCGUCCGUUCUCUUCUCUGAGUCGUCUGAUGUUUUCUGCAGAAAAAGGGGCCCAACUGCUUUACUGGGUGCUAUGUGCUGAGCACACACUUGUUGUUCCACUAAUGUUAGGCUCCGAUGCUAUGAGACCGGCGCGAUGCUGUCGUCAUUCGGUGUCGAUCUGUGAGCUGCGUGAGUCGCUUUGUGGCCGUUCCGUGUGUUUUUGUUUACACACCAAGUGUAGUCAUUCGUGCAAUUGUUGUGUGUGAAUUAUUUUAUUCGUGCUGCAGUGUGGAAUUUGUCUGCACACCUGACAUCCAGUGAGAAAAGUUGAGAAUUCAAAGUGAAUUUUAUGACCUACAGAACAGCACAAUUUCAUCAUAUUCACGGUGAAAGAUGAAAUAAUGGAUGUUUUUUGCAGUUAGGGCGUAGAGAAAAAAAAAAGAAAAAAAAGCCAAGUUCUACUUUUCCACCAACAAUCUUCUCACAAAACAAUUCGUGAGAGUGUGAGCAAGAAGGAGCGAGAUAUCUUGAGUUUUCUUUAAAAUAAAGAAUUGGAUGAAAGAGGUGCCAGAGUGGUGUUAUUUUUUUUCUACAACAAUUAUAUUGCAAAGAUAUAUGUAUGCGAUAGCUAUAUAUAAUUGUGAAUAAUAAAACACAAGUGUGGCGAUCUUGAAAA